CCUUGAGUCAGGAAACAGAGAACGCCCCCCUCCCCCAUAUUACAUCACCUCGCCAGGCCAAGAACAUGUCUUUCUAAUAUUUUUCGGACUUUGACCCUGUGUAAGGAUGGAGCAGGAGAGUGGAGCAGAAGCUCCAACAGUAGCUAAAGAAAUAUCUCAAGCUGAGAAGGAAUCGGCAGAGAGCAUCUUGAACGCACCAGGCGUCUUGAGGAUCAAGAAGGAGUUCCUGGACUGGAACAAACUUCUCAAGACACAUCAUGGCCAGUCUUCUAGUGAAGGAGGCAGUCAGGCAAGCGGUGAGGGCGAUAAGACGUCUCCACAAGAGCCACCAAACAAGAAGGGCAAAUGGAAGAAAGCGAAAGGCCAGAACAAGCGCAGGCCUCACCAGAAGCCCUCCGAGCUGUGCGAUGUGGUGCGCUUGUGUCCCAGCUUCCUCAAAGACCCUGACUCCUGUCAGUUUGGAGAGAGGUGUCGCUUUAGCCACAGUGUCGAAGAAUACCUGGCCAAUAAGCCUGCAGACUUAGGGGAUAGGUGUUACGUUUUUGACACGCAUGGUACAUGCCCCUUUGGUAUCACCUGUCGUUUCGCAAAGUGCCACACAGACGACCAAAAUGAGAACAUCGUAAACCCUGAUGUUUACUCUCCUGAAGCAAAGCCAACAACAAGCAAUCAACUGCCCAAGGACAUACAGACAAGCCUGAGGAAGAAACAGUACAAGUUUCCCAAAAGUGAUGAGUACCUCAGGGCUAUAGGGAAGCUGUCUACUGCUCAAGGUAGUGAUGACAACAGUGUAGGUCACAAGAGUAGUGUCAAACCUGGAACAAUACUAGAGAACAGAGUUGAUGAGGGAUUAGGUAACAGCAGCACAACUGUAGUUAAUGAUGUACAAGAUAAUGCACAGGAUAAAGAAGUUAGUAAAAAUGGAAAUGGAACAGAAGAAGUACAAGAAGACAAUGAGUCACCCAUGUUGCAGAUGCCCCCUACUGAAGUGGAGAAUCCUGCACCAGUAGAGGCUAACAGGCCCUCAGGGUCUGUCACAGAUGAAGAUGCCAUCAAGCUACUUCCUAGAGAAAGGAAGAAGUUGGAAUUUGCAGACAAAUUAUACCUUGCACCGCUAACCACGGUUGGAAACCUGCCCUUCCGACGGAUCUGCAAGGGUCUUGGGGCGGACAUCACGUGUGGAGAGAUGGCCAUGGCUUCCAACCUGCUGCAGGGGCAGUCCUCGGAGUGGGCGCUGCUCAAACGACACCAGUCCGAGGACGUCUUCGGCGUACAGAUCUGCGGCAGCCAUCCCGAGGUCAUGUCCCACGUUGCUGAACUCCUGAAUGAUACCAUCAGUGUAGAUUUUGUAGACGUGAAUGUUGGCUGUCCCAUUGACCUUGUAUUCAAGAGGGGCGGAGGAUGUGCCUUAAUGGGUAGGCUGACCAAGUUUGAGCAAGUUGUUAAAGGGAUGAUUGGCAUGCUUGACGUACCGUUGACGGUGAAGAUGCGUACGGGAAUCUACGAAGAGAAACCUUUUGCGUACAGAGUCGUUCCUCAUCUCCGGGACUGGGGCGUUUCCCUUGUCACUCUGCACGGGCGCUCUCGGGAGCAGCGUUACACCAAGCUGGCCGACUGGGACUACAUCUCGGAGUGCGCCAAGGCAGCGAGUCCGAUGCCUCUGUUUGGGAACGGCGACAUCCUGUCAUUCGAGGAUGCUAACCGGCACAGGGAGAGCACGGGAGUAGCGGGACUCAUGAUCGCACGAGGUGCCUUGAUCAAGCCUUGGAUCUUCACGGAGAUCAAGGAGCAGCGCCACUGGGACAUCUCCUCACACGAGAGGUUUCAGAUCCUGAAGGACUUCUCUAACUACGGCCUGGAACACUGGGGUUCAGACACGCAAGGUGUGGAGAAGACCAGGCGGUUCAUGCUGGAGUGGCUGUCGUUUCUGUUCCGGUACGUACCGGUCGGCGUGCUGGAGCAGCCGCCUCAAAAGAUUAACCUCCGACCCCCGUACUUUGUCGGUAGGGACGACCUGGAGACUCUCAUGGCCAGUGGGAACUGUGCAGACUGGGUCAGACUUAGUGAGAUGUUGUUGGGGCCUGCUCCGGCAAACUUCAACUUCCUACCAAAACACAAGGCUAACUCAUACCGAUAGGUUAUGGCUCUUCAAGGCAUUGAGAUGAGCUGUAUGGACAGCACAGCAGUUACAGGAUAUCUUUCUUGGAAAAUGAAUUUGUUCUUUAAACCAGCAUUACUGAUAUAAUGUUUAAUGUAUAAUUUGAUAGGAGAUAUUUCUAGACAAGAAUAUUUCUUCUUUUAAGUCAAACAAGGAAAAGGAUGUCUCUAAUCAUCAUUUAGUGAUUUACACACUAUAGGGGAACUAAGUGUGGACAUUUUCUGAUGUGAAAAAUAUAUCUGUGGGAAUAGAACAUAAUGAUAAGAUUCAUGCAAUUGUUUUCAAAACACAUGAUUGAAGGAAUAGAUUGUCAAGAGUUUUUUCCAAAACUGAAAAGGUAGGUAUGUAAAAUAUGGAAUUUGAAUGCAGCUCUUACUAUGAGUUUUAUGUGCAUUAUUAUGUGUUAUAACUUUGAGACCUUAGAAGUUUUGGAAAGGUGGAAUGAGCUCUGGAGAUCCCUUUUUGAUCUGCAUUUCAAGAAACAAACAAAAAAAUAUUUUUUAGUGUUAGUUGAGAUCUUUUGGAAAGUAGUAAAUGUUUACGUUGACUGAUUUUCUUGGUGAUUAUAUGAAAAUAUUGCUGGAAUGUGAAUACUAGAAGUACCAUAUUCUCCCCAUGAUUGUCAUUAAAUGCAGAAUGAAGAUAUCUGUUUCCUUUUUUUUGAAUGAAAUAUGUAUGCAUAAUAUUAUUGUAUAUGCAUGAGUAAUUGUCAGGUAGAAUACAUACUUUCCUGUGUAGUUGGAAUAGUGAAUAUAUGAGCUCAUUGUAUUAUUAUCUUGAUGAUUAUGGAAAAGCGACAAAUUUGUUUUGUUUCACAGUUUGUGGCAAAUAUGGUAGAGAAACAUCUGUGUCAGUGUCACUAUUUGUUUAGUUUGCUCUAGCCUAAUCCCUAAUGCAACCCUGAGUGCCUUGUAAGGCUUGCAUUGUCUACUUUUAUAAACCAGGUUUGUGAUGCAUCUUUCAGAAUAAAAUGUGAUGUUUGUGAGAACA